AUGGCGUUGUCUGACAGUCUGAUCUUCCUUGGCUUGCCUUCUGAUUUGUAUAGAAUCUGGAAGUAUAAGCCGUACAUCUUUGGCAAUUUCCUAUGCAAGUUUAAUGUCUACCUCAACGAAACCUGCACUUACUGCACCAUACUCCACAUAACCACCUUGAGUGUCGAGAGAUAUUUUGCAAUCUGCUUCCCUUUGAAAGCCAAAGCAACCAUCACUAAAAGGCGGGUCAAAGGCAUUAUCCUCCUGAUAUGGGUUUGCUCUGCGGUGACUGCCAUCCCAAUCCUGUUUCUCUUCGGCGUAGAACACCGCAACGGAAGCCUCCCAGAGGAAACCAAUGAAUGCAAAUACAUCGAGCAAGCAGCCCGUUCGGGACUUCUAGAAACAAUGGCAUGGCUCUCCACCCUGUAUUUUUUCCUACCUGUGGUUUGCUUAGUUCUCCUCUAUGGGCUGAUCUGUCGAAAGCUCUGGAGAACUGCACGGAACCUGGAGGGGCACCAUGCUGCAACGAGGGAGAGGCACCACCAACAAACUGUCAAAAUGCUAGGUAAGUAGCAUUCCGCUGUGAAGAGCAUGACUCAAAUGCGUCAGAGUGGAAGGAGAGGCAUAGAAAGCAAAGUUAAAGAAAGACAGGAACAGCCUUAAGAGUAAUGUGUUUAUUCCAUAAUGUGAUCAGACAAGACUGUUCUCAACAUGUGGCUGCAUCCACACCAUACAUUUAAAGCACAUAGCUUCCACCGAAGAAUUCUGGGAACAGUAGUUUGUUAAUGGUGUUUGGAAUUGUAGCUCUGUGAGGAGUAAACUACAGCUCCUAGGAUUCUUUGGGAGAAGAAUCACAAUAAAUGGAUGUGACUUGUAUUGGCACUUGUACUUGCCAGAUACUGGGAAUUUGGCUUGUUUGAACAGGGUGGGGAUGGUCCUUUUUGACCAGCGAUGAGGAACCUGUGGCCCUUUAGAUGUUGUAGGGUUACAGCUCCUAUUAACCCCAGGUCAGCACAGCCAAUGGUCAGGAAUGAUAGGCACUGUAGCUCAACAACAUAUGGAGGACCACAGGUUCUUCAUCCCUGAUCUAAAGAGGUUGAACCAGUACUAGAUAACCUGUGGUCCUCCAAGUGUUGUUGAUUGGAGCUGAUGGAAGGUGGGGACCAACAAUAUCUGGAGCACUUCCUGGUUUCCAGGUAGGCAAGACUGCCUUUAAUUUUUGUUGUUGCUAAGAAAACCGCAUGCAGCUUGCAAAUUUCAGCCUGACAAGAGCUGGCAGAAAAUUAUUGCAUAGCCACUCUGAGGGUGGGCGUAGGGGUGUCCCGGUCAACUCUUCCAAUUAACCUCCGUCUCCAAGGUCCAUCCCAUGACAUCACCUGGUUUGGGCCAUGAAAUUUCAGGACCUGGGAUGCUCUUGGCGUGGCAACCCUAGCUGAAGUACAAAUUGUCAGGGGGAAAGAGCCGCCCCCCAUAAGUUUUGAACAGCUCCUAGAUAUGACAUUUCAACGGUCUCCUACUUUCCCAAUGUCUUCCAUGGAGACCUGUCAGGGUUCAUUCCUUCCAGCUAGCCUUUGCAUACGCUUUAAUUCUCCCACUGCUAUGUUUUAGUUUGUUGCUCUGGACUGUUGGUUUUAGAAUGGAUUUUUUUAAAAAAAACAUUUGACCUCCAUAGUUGAAAAGCAGUCUUUAUGUACCACCAAGUACAUUGAUUAAAAGGCUCACUUGUUCAAAGAUGGUAAAAUCUACUUUGAAAGCAGAGGUGGAGAACAUUGAGCCCAGGGCAUCAAAGCAUCUCUAUCUGACUGUCUAUCUCCUUAAGCAACUUCCCUAGUGUUUAUCACUGGCUGGAAUGCGCCCUUGGACACUGAUAAUUCCUUUUGCUUUGCUGGGUAGAGGAUAAAGAGGGGAGUUGUGUAUAGAAACUAGACUAGUAGUCAAAGGUGAAGUAAAUUCUUUGCUGCACCCACUAAUUCUGGCAACACUCACCACUAGCAUGUGGCUCUUCAGGGAGGUCUGCCCAGAAAGCUUUGGGCUAUUUUAAAGAGAGGGAAGUGCCUGGGAUUGACCUGCGGAAAUAUAUUCUCACCCUCAUGUAGCAGUCGUGGUCGUGGCCUUUGUGCUCUGCUGGCUUCCCUUACACGUCGGCCGAAUCCUCUUCGCCCAGGGAAGCACAGUCCUCUAUGAGAUAAGCCAGUACUUCAACCUCAUCUCAAUGCUGCUGUUUUACUUUGGAGCCUCUGUGAAUCCAAUCCUUUACAACGUCAUGUCACAAAAGUACAGAAAAGCUGUGUGCAAGUUUUUGAACCAUAACCAGGCUUGGCAGCAGAGGAACUUAAGCAGGAGUGGCAAGACUUCUGUUGAAGGUGUGGAAAUCAGUUCUUUCCUGUAA